AUGAAAAUAUUCUUCCUAUUUAUAAUUUUACUUGGAAUUAUCCAACUCUCAAAUUCAUCUAGUUGCAAUAUUGAUAUUGCUGGAGAUUCAUUUGAUUUAACACCUUUAAAGAAAAUUGAUGGAUAUCAUAAAGUUAUUUCAGAUUAUGGAGAUAUAGUUUAUUUUAAUUUUUGUAAUACAACAAUUGAUACACCAUGUGGUAAUUCUGCCCUUGCAUAUUUUUUUGAUGGCUCAACUGGUGAAUGUCAUUCUUUGGGAGUUCAAGAAUUUUAUUCAUUAAAUUCAUAUGAAGAAAAAAAGACUUUACUUAUUAAUAUUAGAGGUGGUGAUAUUGCAUAUGAUUCUAUGGUUAAAAUGCUUGAAAUGUUUAUAGCUUUUACUUGUGAUGAAUCAGAUGAUACAAGUGAACCAUCAUUAAUAAACACAAUGGAAUAUGGUUAUGCUUCAGUAAUUUGGACAACUAAAUAUUCAUGUGCAAUUAAAACUCCAAAUGUUGAAAAAAAAUUAAUAACAAAUGAAAAUCAAAAUAAUAAUAAUUUUCAAUUUGAAAAUAAUGAAAUUUUAAAUGAAGCUCAAUCAAAUGCAUUUGAAAUUUCAAAUAAAAAUGAAGAUUUAAAUAAUAAUAAUAAUAAUAAUAAUAAUAAUAAUAAUAAUAAUAAUAAUAAUAAUAAUAAUAAUAAUAAUAAUAAUAAAAUUAAUAGUGGUAUUUCAUUUUUACAAAGAUUAAAUCAAAUGUCACAAACAAUUAAUAAUAGAAAUGAAUAUCAACAAUUUGAGGAACAACAAAAUGAAAUGCAAGAAAAUAGAGCUGAAAUUGUUCAAUUUAAUGAUGAUAUUAAACUAAUCGAUUUGGAACAAAAACAACCAUUUUACAAUGAUGACCAAUUAAUGAGUCAAACAAAUGAUGAUAUAGAAUUUGAACAAGAUCAAACCAAUUUUGACACUGUUAAUGAUGAUGAAAUAGCUAAUCAAAUUAAUGAUUUUAUGAAUAAUUUUGAAAAAACUCAAAAUCUUGAUGGUGAUUAUAUUAAUCAAGAGAAAAUUAUUCCAAAUAUUAUAAUGGAAGAUACUAAACCAAAUGAUUUAACUCAAAAUUUUGAAAUAGAAAAUGAAUUCUAA